AUGAAUGACUAUGUGUGUAGAAGGUUCCUUCUUGUAAGGAACUGGUUUCCCGAUCAAUUAAAUAGUGAAGGAAAGUAUUAUUUUAAUGAUGAUAAAAAUUUCAAAGAGUAUUGUAAUAAUAAAAUCUGCAAUACUGAUCUUGAAAAAAUUAAUGCUGGAUGUUUAUUGUUAUUUAAUCAAUUCUUUGGAAGUUCUACUUCGUUUAAGUAUCAUAAUAACAUCAAUAUUGUUGAUUACAUUAUGAUAUGGUUAAGUUAUAUGUUAAACCUAAAGAAAAAUGAAAGAAACAAGAAUCUAGAAUAUUUUAAUAAAAUAUAUAUAAAUAAUGAUAAGUAUCAAACGUCUAUAGACAAAGUUGGAGAUUGUAGUAAUUAUAAGGAUCUUAUAGAUAAAAAAAAAUAUUUUUUGGAUAUUUCUAAUGAAAAUAUGUCUAAAAUUUAUAAUUUAUUUAAAAUUUUAUGUAAUAUGUAUACUGAUUUUGAUAAAAAGAAUCCAGAUUGCGCGAAAUAUAUACCAAAAGCUAAUGAAUUUGUUAAAAACUAUCAAGAACUUUAUGGAGAUUCUAGUAUUACUGAAGAUAGUCCAUAUUAUAAAUUAUUGUCUACACUAUCAAAUGAUUAUGAUAAUUUUAAAAAGGAAUGUAGCGAUGCUAAUUGUAAGGAUAUUCCACCCCUUCAAUUGAUUGAAAAAACACAAGUUACUGUAAAUUUAUCUGAACAUACUUCUAAACAAAUUUCUAAACAAACUGUAGAAACUUCUGAACAAAGUCCUAAACAAAGUCCUAAACAAAGUCCUGAACAAACUGUACAAACUGUACAAAAAUUAGAACAAAUUUCUGAAGUUACAUCAUCAAGUUCAUCGAUAGGAAACAAAUUAUUUACAAUUUUAUCGAUAUUUGGUGCAAUAGCAUUUUUUUUAGGAAUUUCAUAUAAGUAUUCGUUAUUUGGAUUUCGGAAACGAGCUCAAAAACAAUAUUUAAGAGAAAAAAUAAAAAAUAUAAAGAAGAGAAUGAAUCAUUAA